CAACAAGACGUUAUUAGUCAAAAGUUUCGAUGAGAUAUUCGCGAAGAUUUGCAGUUUGCGGGGCAACGAGCGAGUUAUCUAUAAAUAAAACGAUAGCUUAUCAACGUUCGUUUACACGAGAACGAGUACUGGCUAUUGAAUCUAAUCGCCACGCCUCUGUACUAAUAAUUAAUAACAAUUUCGUGAGGACGUCACUUAGUGUUUCAUUGAAUGCGAUAGCGGUACAACGUUUAUGAAUAAAGUGGUUCUUAUGUGAUAAGGACGUUAGUUCUAUCUAGAUUUGCAAGUUAGCGUGAGGAUAAACCGGUUGUAAAAAUAUCUAGACAUUGAACAAGUGUAACCUAACUUUUGAAUACUAAGUGAACUUUUGAAAUGUCUGUCUUAAAUAACUUUACUGUGUCUGUUGCUAAAGGAUUGAGACGUCUCAGACAGAAACAGGAGCUUCGAGAAGUAGCCCCCAGUGCGUCCAGGAAGCGAGGCAACUCAGCCGCGCAGGAGGAUGCUAAACUCAACAUGGAGAAAUGCCUCAUCGUGUCCAAAGUUACCAGAUACGAGUAUGAAAGACACAGCCACGAGAAUCUAUCAGAAAGUGAAUUAGAAAAGGUGCUGAGGAAGCGAGGGUCUGAUUACGACUCCAUGGUGUCGGUACACAAGAGGCAGAAGGCAUUUGAAGAAAAUGUAGCGAAAAGUCUCAGGGAUAUGGGGCUGAAAGUGGAAAUGGCUAGCAGGUUAACGUAUAAAGAGGAUCUCAUAAAGUGGUGCGACGUGGUGGUCCCGUGUGGUGGGGAUGGAACCUUCCUUCUAGCUGCUUCUAGAGUAAGAGACGCAAAUAAACCAGUGAUAGGGUUCAACAGUUCACCACAUAAGUCAGUGGGGCGACUCUGCCUGCCCACCUGGUGCUCCAAUGACGUGAAGGGUGCGUUUCAAGCACUUAAAGAGGGCCGUUUCAGAUGGAUGCGCCGCUCGAGGAUACGCACCACUAUAACUAGCGAACAAAAGUUAAUUGACACCAUCACACCCAUCGAUCUACAUACGCUACAUUAUUGCAGAUAUCCCCCAGUUCGGGAUGCACUCGACGUGUCGGACGCCUACAACAUAAAUUCACGAAAGAACCCCGCCGAUACAAAGGAAGAAGUCAGUUCGACACUCGCUACUAAAGUACUGCCUUUUUUGGCGUUAAAUGAGGUAUUCAUAGGCGAGAGCGUGACAUCCCGCGUGUCGCUCCUCCGGCUACAGAUCGACGACGGCGCCUGGUCGCACACCAAGAGCUCCGGCCUCUGCGUCACUACCGGCACCGGCAGCACCUCGUGGCACUUCAGUAUAAACUGUCUCCGCACGCACUCCGUUCAGGAGCUGAUGAGGAUCCUAUCGGAAGAGUACGGAGUCGCCCUCAACACCACGCUGGAGAAAGCCAGAGAAGUUACAGAGAAAUAUAAUCAGAAACUCAUGUUUGCACCGGAUUCAGAUCAGCUAGCGUAUUCCGUUCGUGAGUACAUAACCUUCGAGGAGUGGCCUAGGCCGCGAGGACUCAAGGUCAGGGACAGAGCGAGCUCCGUCAAGGUCAAAUCUCACUGCACUGAUGCAGGUCUAGUUAUCGACGGCAGCGUAUCUUUUCCCUUCAACGAUGGCACGGAAACCAUUUUGGAAAUUCAUCCUGAAGACUCCCUAAUGACUGUCCAAAUGGAUGAACAUUGACGAAAAAUAACUUUAAUAUAAAGUUAGACAUUUUGAAAAUUGACGUAAAACCUAUUUUGGGUGUAACAUCGUCUUAGGUGAAGAGGUUAUUUCGACCUAUAAGGCUUUGUGUGUCAACCUUGCUUAUGAAUCACUAUAUCUGUUAGUGAAAAUCGUAUGAAAAUCGGUGCAGUAGUUUUGGAGUUUAUCGUGAAAGUACAGAUGCGGCGGAGGACUUUCCCUUACAUUGUGUAGUGGUAGCAAAUUCCUUAAUUAUAAUACUAGCUAAUUAGCAGAUUUGUAGUAAAAAUGAUUUUAUUAAGUAAAUUAAGCCAAGCUUUUCAUAGGAGUAAACCUUCCUAACCUUGCUUGAUGAUAAAAAGCUCAGAAAAUUGGGUUUUCAAGUUUUGCGAUGGAAUUUUAAUAAAACCUUCCAUUUACAUAGCUCCAAAUACCCUAUGUUUUAAACACUUCCAACAUAAAUAAAUAUUCUUAAGUUUAACCAUCACAUAUCAAUAGAAAAGACUCAGUUUUUCAAUAUACCUUAGUACAACCCGUGCCAAUAAAGAAUGGGAUUAGAAAUGGCGGCUCAUCGAGCUGGGAGCGUCAGCAUAAAAAUGUAAUAACAAUAAAACUAAUAACUGAAUAACGUUAAAAAAUAUCGUUACCGUUGAAAGUGUUUCGUUAUUUCAUGAAUUAAAAUAAAGCUUAUGUUAGUAAAUUUGUGAUCGUUUUGAGACUACAUUACGUAGGUACACAAAUUGUCAACAAAACCAUUACCUGAAUCGCGGAGAGGGUAAGGUUCGAUGUAAACUAUUUUCGCUUCAUAACUUUAAAUAAUCUCAAAUAUCCAUACUAAUAUUAUAAAUGUGUAAGUAGCUCUGUCUCUCUGUCUGUCUGUUAUGCUUUCACGGCUAAACCACUGAACCGAUUUUGAUGAAAUUUGGUAUGGAGAAUAUGGAGAUAGCUUGAAUCCCAAGGCCUUCCUUGGGCUUAGGCUAAUUUACUACUACAUAUGCUACUUUUUAUUCGACUUUCUACGCAUGCGCAAAAUUCACGUGGGCAAAGGCUAGUUUUGAAAUAAAAGGAUGUAAUAAAUAUAAUUUAGUUUAUUUCCAGUAAAAUUUCACAUCUUGCUGGUGCCGGCAAUUGCCGUAUCAAUAUCACUAAAGGGGGGGAACGCAUAAUCAAAGUCGUUAUUUUUUUGUCAGUCGGUACCAACGAGUGUGAGUAUAGACGGAAAUAAUGUGUGAGCGAGAAGUGAAUAGAUGCGCCGCCAUUUCUAAUCCCAUUCUUUAUCGGCACGGGUAGUACCUCUUUCUCCAAUGAAUUAUUCCAAUUUUAUUUAAAUAUCUAAAUAAUUUAUUCCAAGUCCUUUUGACAACAGUUUGCUACGGCUAGCCAAAAAAAUUGUUGAUAUUUUUAAUAUACCUAAAAAAAUAUUUUAUCUGCUUCAUAAAAAUAUAAUUAUUAUAGUUAUAUUUAAAAUUAUCAAAUUGUUAUAAGUACCUACCUAAGGCGUUUUGCAUAUGAUGUAACUUGACUUAACUUUUUAAAAGGUUUCUGAAUAGUUUGUAAAAAGCUAGUUGCUACAUGUGCAAAGCGUUCCAAUUGAAAUAUAUGUAUGUAGUGUUAUGUUUAAGGUUAUAAUUAUAUUACCUAUAUCUUUCUAUCUGUACUAAAUAUUUAUAUGAUUAAAUUCAAGGCUUAAAUUAAUAUAACCUUUUUUAAAUAAACUUUUACUUUAAAAAAGAAAAGUAUUGUAACUGAAACCUGAAUGCCUGAAAAUUCUGUGAUUAUCUUAAUAUGGCACUUAAUUAGUUUGUUUUUAUUUUAAUGAUUUUUUUAUGUUUUUGUAAAUAAUAAGCAUAAUUAUUGUUAAGACUGACGGCUUGUAGAUUAAGUUUUAAAAUUAAUUUUGUUUGUGUUUUUAUCGUUCGUUCGCACAGAUACCACUAAUAUUAUGUAUCUAUGAAAAUUCACUAUAUGUAUUGAUUCAAUUGGUAAAAUAGUUACAUAUUCGUGUUCCAAUCGAUUGUAAAGUUUGUGUUGAAACUUCAUAAUUACAACUUUGUCUUGUUCCUACCAGCGUUUUUACCCGCAUCCCGUGGGAACUAUUUCGCACACCCGAAUUAAAAGUAGCUUUGCUCGAUAAAAGCUGUCUGAAACUGAAAUAAAUUUUAUAAUAGCAAAUUCUUCAGUUUUAUAAUAUUAGUAUAGAUUAUGUCAUGUCUAUUAGCUGAAACGCAGUGUAAUUUGUGGUAUCAAGUAUUUGUACAUUAUUUAUGCUCUUAUUUUAUACGUUAUUGUAUACAAGAAGAUUGUUAGAUUGGCGAAUAUAUACAUACAGUU